UCUUAAUUCGCCCCAAAGAUUCCGGCUUCAUGCUGGUGCCAUGGGUUGGUGCUUGGCGUGCUGGCCUGACUGAGGCGAGUCAUGGGCGGCACGGCUUCCACGGAAGCCGAGUCCACGAGGACAAAGGAGAAGAGCAAGAAGAAAAAGAAGAAGGAGCAGCCGCAGGAUGACAAAGAUCUCAUCGGUGCUGACGACACCACGCGGGAUGCUCCGUUUGAGCAGGGCGCGACGACGAGCCACGAGGAGUGGCCACCGGGAGAGCCGCCCUCGACGGUCGAGAGGCCGCCGACCUGGCCCGACUUGGCCGCAGAACCCACGAUGCCCAUCGACGAUACGUCGCCUGGUCCGCGGGGCGUUCCAGAGCCCGGCGGGACGCCUCGGCAGCCGGAGCAGCGGUCCUUCGGCAUCUUUGGGGCGAUGCCGGGGCAGAGCAGCAGGCCCUACGCGGAGCUCGCCUCUCCAUCGCCGCUGGGUGCGGCCUCGCCCCAGUCGACCUCGCCUUUGCAGAGGGCGGUGGGGCCGAAGUAUUUGAGAGUGCGAAUUCUCAAGGCCUACAACCUGCCCCUUCAGAGCACCGGCCUCACGGGCGAUCUGGCUGACUCCUACGUGGCGGCGCGCGUGCAGCGGCAGAUUUUUCGCACCUGCUGCGUGGAGCGCGAGGCGACCUGUGUCUGGACGGAAGACAAUGAGCAUACCUUCCAGCUACAUGAGCCGUGCAGUCUGGAGUUGCAAGUGAUGAGCAUCAGUGCUUCUCAUGAAGAAGUCCUGGGGAAGGCCUCGCUGGCCGUGCACGAGGACGCGGAACGCGUCUGGCAGAGACACCGGCUGCCGCUGCAGGGUGGCAGCCGAAGUGUCCGGAGCGAGCUGGAGCUUGAGAUGCUGCUGGAGCAUCAGGCCGACACCCAGCCGGAGGCCAAGCCGAAAGAGGAGCUGGAGUACCAGCUCGGGCCCCGCGUCUUCCAGCCCCAGCCGCACGCCCUGCCCUGGCAGGGAGUGCGCGUCUUGGAGCUCUCAUGCCGCUCCUGGACGGCGGCGCUCUGCGGACAGGUGAUGGCCGCCUGCGGCGCCGAGGUCAUUCGUGUGGCCUUCGGGGAGGAAGCGCUGUUGCAGCAGAAGAAGUCCAACGCCCAGCGCGGCCCUUCCGGAACCGCCGGAACGGGCACCGACACUGUGCCCAAUGCGGUGCCCAGGCAGUUGCAUGUGGGGAAGCGUUUGGCGCCCUACAACGUGGAGGACCCUGAGGAGCUGAGUGUGCUGAAGUCGGAGCUGCUUAUGGGCUGCAGCCUCUUGCUGACCGACCUGUGCGCUGAGGAGCUCGAACAGAUGCAGCUGGGAGCCGCCAGCUUGCGGCAGCAAUGCCCCUGGUUGAUCUUCGUGCAUGCAUCGGUGGUGGGCAUGCGAGCGGAUCUCAGCAACAAGGGCGUGGAAGAUGCGGGGGCCUUCUUCUCCCUCUCAGGCUUGGCCGAGCAGCUGGGCCACUUCCUGGGCCCGUCGGGCCUGGCGGCGGCGGCCGCGGCCUCGGCGCUCUUCGGCGUGUGCUCCAUGGCGGUGCUGCGGCGGCGCUGCGGGGCGCCAGGAGACCGGGUGGAGAUGAGCAUCUUCCGCUCGGGCCGUUGGUGUUCGGCCCUGGGUGCCUUGACCGGCUGGGCGGCUCCCCCCGCGCCCGCGGAGCACCACCGCAGCGGCGCCGCGGCGCUUGCUGCACCGCCCCGCGGAGAGGCGGAGGCGCUGGCGCUGCCGUUCGACGUGGAGGGCGUGGCGCGCAGACCGGGGAAGAGAGCGAAGGUGGAGCGGAAGCCUCAGUGGUCGGUGCUCGAGCCCUCAGCUUUGCUUCCUCCAGUGCUGACCCCCACCGCCCCCUGUGCCGCUGAGCUGCCUUUGGCGCGUGUGGCAGUGCUGGAGAUCAGCGACGAGUACCAGGUCGGUGCCAUGGCGCUUGGCGCGCUGCUGGCAGACCUGGGCGCACGGGUGACGAAGUUGGAACGUCCGCAGCGGCCGGACCCCUGGCAGCGCACCUGCCCACAGCUCUACAAGGACCUCACCGCGCGGAAGGUCGUCCAGGUGGUGAACUACUCUGGCAUCGGGGGCCAGGAUGCUCAGGGACAUCCGGUGCCCGGACAGGCGGCGGUGUACCGGGCCUUGGCCGAAACGACCUUGUUGAUCACGAAUUUGCCCAGUCAAGCGCUGGAGAGUUGGGGCUACGAUCCGAAGCAUCUUCGGCAGAUGUUCCCUCACUUGAUCAUCGUGUGGAUCAGCACCUGGGGCUCCGACGAAGAAGCGCGGCACCGGGAGAAGUUGGAGGGCCGCAAGGGCGGACGCGAGGCGCACGCCUUCUGGGAGGCCAGUGGCCUCUGCCAGUUGUGCAACGGUGUGCCGAUGCCACCCGGGCUCUCGGAGCUGGUCGUGGCGCAGCAAGCCUUGGGCGGAGUGGGUUUGGCCCUGCUGCGGCAGCAGCGCACCGGGCAGGGGCAAUUCGUGCAGGUGAGCCGAUACCGCUCAGGGCUCUUCUGCCAACGGCUGGCGGCGCUGGACCCUCCUAGGCCACUGACCUCGCCCUUGCUGCAGACCUUGGACGGCCGGUUCUUGCGGCUCUUGGGACGAGGUCACAAGCCUCAUGAUGCUUGGGUCUUGCUGCACGCGCUGGGGCGGCGGGAGAGCUUGAGCGAUCACGUGGGAGGCAACAUGGAGAAGGCCAGAUCGAAGCUCAAGGACUUCACCUGGGAGGAACUGCAGAAGCACCAGGAUGAGCUCCUGGCUUGCGCGCGCGAGUGGAGCUUUCAGGACCUGGCCAAGGCCUUUCAGGAGAAGGGCAUUGAUUGGUUCGUGGAAGAGAUGCGGCCCAUGGAUGCAGAGGCCUUGCACAGGCAACGUGCGAAGCAGCUGGAGGAGCUACGUGGAAGGCAGCAGAAUGCGGCGGAGAAGGCCUUGCAGAUGGGGCAACACGCCUCCGAGUUGAAGCAGCGCUUCGGCGAGUCCAAAGCGCAGGCGCAGGAGGAGCUGCUCGACAGGCUGCACGACCAGAGUGAGCAGCAACGUCGAUUAGAAAAGCUGCGUGAGCAGUACCACAGCGGCGUGGCUCCGGUGCUCGGGGUGACGGUGGACGGAGCUCAAGGUCUGGCCAGUGAGACCCGGGGCCGCCGGAUCUCCACGUAUUGUGUCAUUGAAGUGGUCAACAAGCCCUUCACGCGCUUGCAAAGCCCGCAGCUGCAAGGGCCGAGCCCCUUGUGGGACUACACCGGCGUCAUCUCCGGCUGGGCCUUUGGCGACGUCCUGAAGUUGGCUGUGUACCAUCGGGAGCCAGCGGCAGAGGUGGACCACAACGCAGCACCGGCCUCCGUGGAACACACCACAGUGCUUUAUCUCCAGGUGGCCGCGGCGUACAACUUGAUCAACCGGGACUCGGGGAUUAUGGGCGACGCGUCCGACCCCUAUGUCGUAGCACAAGUGGGAGAGAUGGUCCAGCAGACGCCCAGCGUGAGCAACGAGUUGAACCCCGUGUGGAAGGAGCGCAACCAGUUCGCCUUCAACGUGGUGGAUCACGAACUGGACCGAUACCUGCUGCUGCAGGUGAUGAACAGCAACGUGACGAAAGAUGAUGGCUUGGGCCGUGUGAGGCUGGACACUCGGUCCAUCGACCCUGGACGUUGGCACCACUACCGGCUGAAGCUGGAGGAGGGACAGGGAGGAGAGUUGGAGUUCGACGUCUACCUGAAGCCUGCUGAGCCCUGCAAGCCUCACGCUGCCCAAGAUGAGCUCAUCGGUCAAGCCGAGGUUGGCAUGUCCCAGUUCUAUCCGCAUGGCUUUGAAGGCCAGCUGCCACUCUUCCUGAACAGCAAGCCCACCCAGGGCAUCUUGGAGGUCUUCCUCGAGGUGCAGCCGCAGGGCGUCAAGAUCAACCGCUCAGUGAACCGGCGAGGAAGCCAUCGGCGCACCAGCUCCGAUCUCAGCAUGAUGAGCCGCAGGUCAAGCUAUGCCAUUGGCCGCUCCAGAUCGCAGGUGAGCAGCACGGACUUGGGAGACAUGCACAUCGAACCCAGGCCGGCCGGGGAGUCCGAGAAGAGCGUGCUUCAAAUCCGCGUGAACUCCGCGGCGAACCUCACGAACGUGGACUCGGGCCUCUUCGGGGACGUGUCGGAUCCCUAUGUGGUGCUGCGGGUGGCCAACACGGAGCAGAAGACCGAGGUCCUCAAAAAUACCUUGAACCCGGUGUGGCAGGAGAAGAACCUCUUCAGCUUCUCAGUGGGGGCGGAGGACAACAAGGUGGAGCUCGAGGUCAUGGAUUCCAACAACUUCAAGGAUGUCUCCCUGGGCCGUUGCGAGCUGGACCUGCGCUCCAUUCAGCACGGGAUGUGGACCCGCUUCAACGAGAAGCUGGUGGCCGGCGUGCGUGGUGAACUCGCGUUCGAUCUCUACUUCCAGGCGACGGAGUACAGGCUGCUAGUGGCGGAGCAGGGCAGCAUGCUCCACGUGCGCGUGAACAACGCGCGGAACCUGCCGAACACCGACACGGGCGUCUUGGGAGAUGUGUCGGAUCCCUACGUCAUCGUGAAGGUGGGGGACUUGCAGCGGAGGACACCGACCAUCGACAACAACCUCAAUCCUGAUUGGCAGGACGGGAACCUCUUCACCUUCUCGGUCGCUGAGGAAGAUGCCACGAUGGAACUGGAGGUGAUGAAUGCCAACGUGGUGAGGGAUGACAGCCUGGGCACUGCGUCGGUGAAGAUAGGCGAUCUGGAGCCGAAUCACUGGUGCCGACUCGUCGAGAAGAUUGGGCAAGGUGCCACCGUCGAAUUGGACGCCUUCUUCAAGCCCAGUGAGCACUAUCAUUUGCACUAUGAGCUUCAGCAGGCCCAGAAGGAAGAGAAGAAUUCUUUGGCCGAAGCUGCACGGCUUUCGAAAGAGGUGCAGAUGGCCGAACGGGCGUCGAAGUGGCUGGAGAACGUCGAAGAGAACACCAAGAUGCCACUGAGUUUGGAAGAGCGCGAAUGGGUCCAUGCCUGCGGGGGCAGGAACUUCGUGGCGCCCGCGUGGAUCACCGUCACCCAGACGCAGGUGGAGGCCCUCGUGCGUGCGCGGGAGCAACACCCGCGCCCGGUGGCGCUCUUCCCCGAGGCGUCCCCGUCCAAGCAGCAACAAAAGCUUCGGGUGAAGCUGAUCUCUGCCUUCGGUCUGGCCACCAGCACCAUGAGUGGAGUCACGUACUGCACCUGUGAGAUCCCUCUGAAGAAGGAGUCCAAGCUCUUGACCGACCCCGUGGCGCUGGAUUCGAACCCCGAGUGGCGCUUCAGCCGGACGGUGAAAGGCUAUGCUCCGGGCGAUGCGCUCGUCAUGGAGGUCUAUAGCCGCGAUCAGGAGGAAGGGAUGACGCCACGUGCGGACCAGCUGCUUGGCCGUGCCUUCCUGCCCGGUGAGAAGUUCUACCCCAACGGCUUUGAUGGUUUGCUCAACCUCACGCUGGGCCCUCGCCCAACUGGGGCCACGUUGCGAGUGACUGCCUUGGUGUUGGACUGAGUCGGCAGCCACCGGAGCCGUAGCGAUGUCGGACGUCUGACGAAUGAGAGGACGUCACCCGACGAAUGACAGAGGUGGGUCAUGACCCGAACGGUUCGACUAUCCCGAGUUCGGUACUCCAGGGGUCCGAACGUUCAGGUCACUCAACCUCUCUUGGAAUGAC